AUGCAGUCGCUGGAUGGGUCGCUCGUUUGGUUCGCGCGCUACAUGCGCCCGGACAUUGCCUUAGCAGCCCAUAAGGUGACACGACAGACGCACGUUCCGCGCGUGCUUGACUGGAGUUUGGCGAAGCGCAUCGCGUGCUAUCUCAAGGGGGUUGCAACGCUAAAUAUUACGAUGAAGCCUUCCCGAGGUGACAUCGCAGCGCCGCGACUUGACGCGUUCAGUUACGCCGACUUUGCGGGCGACAGGGCAGACAAAAAGUCGGUGACGGGCGGCAUGCUUCUACUGAACGGUAUGCCGGUAAGCUGGGGCGCGCGCAAGCAGGGUUGCUAUCGACGAUGGAUGCGGAUUUUAUGGUCGCCAGCGAGAUUGCGCGGGAAAUGCAAGAGGUGCGAGAGAGGCUAA